AUGUACGUGUAAACAUUAUAUAUUUCCAAAAUAGAGGUUAAAUGAUUUUUGGGAAAUGCAGUGAGAUAUUUUUUUGCUUAGUCAACCCUUUGACCUCUUAAGAGUGACUAGCAUCUAAUUUCUCCUUACAAUAUCACCCUUGAAUAAAACAUUAAUGUCAUGAGAAUAAAGGAAAUCAUCAACAACUAAAAAUGUUCUUAAUAGCUAAACAAAUUCUCCUCGUCAGCACCUUAGGAAAUGUAUAGGGAACAGUAUUGGGAAUAUGCAUACUGAUGUUAGGGUGUAUAGGGCUACAGAAUUUGGUGAUCUUCUACACAAAAUGUCAGCAAGCAGAAUUAUUACUUCAUCAACUCACAAAGAUAUGAGGGAAGUUCUCCUUUUAUGUAUUUUUUAUCCGCAUUGUAGCUUCCAAACAGCUGUGAUAUGGGUAGAUGAGGUAGCAAGAAUUUCAUAGAAAAUCCUUCUUCUGAUAAUAGUGAAUGAUAUAAUUGAAAAUCUAGCAUUGCAUAACAUCAGAUCUUUGAAAGAUAGGCACAAAGAACAGUGUCAUAAAUUAACUCUUUAACUCAGUCAUAUCUAAUACUGUGCCUAAACUCCAUCAUCUGCUACUACCCAAGAACAUUCAAUUUCAUAGGUAGAUACAGCUUAGAAACCAGAAUAAUUUUAUGUUACCAAAAAAGUGCACUAAUUGUUUCACAAGCACAUUUAUUCCAUCCAUGUCCAAUUGCUACAAUGUUUAUACAAAGUUUUUUAUAUUCAUUUUAUACUACAUGGAAUUUUUAUGUUAUAACUUGAACUUUUAAAUUUAUAAAUUUCAUGCAAUUCAGUCUUAAGAAGAUGCAAAUUUUGAAUAUUUUGAUACACUAUCUAUCUAUCUAUCUAUCUAUCUAUCUAUCUAUCUAUCUAUCUAUCUAUCUAUCGAUCGACCAAUCUAUCAAUCUGUCUAUUUAAAGGUAUAUAUCUAAGUAUUUAUCGGGCUAGUAUCUAUAUAUUUCUUGAUUACCGAAAUGUUAUUUACAUCAAAUCACAAGUGAUAUGAGGAAAAAUGACUUCACUGUAUGCUUUGGUAUCAUGCUUUAAAAGAGGGAGAAUUUGUAAUAUUUCAUUUAUUUGAUAUCUAUCUGUUAACCCUUUAGCUCCCAGAAGUGAUUAACCUGUAGCUUCUCCCAACAAUAUCUAAACAUUAUUAACAAACAGCUGAUGAGAAUACUCAAACUUAUCAGGUUAAGUUGUUAUCUUGAUCUAACACCAAAUUCUCAUUACUAAUUAACAAGGAAAUGUGCAGCAGCUAGUGGGGGGAAAUAGAUAUUUGAGGUUAAAGUUAAUUGAUUGUCUUUGUCCUAUUUUGACUUUCAGAUACAAAAUGCAUUAUAGACCUCUGAACUUAAACCGCCUUCAGUUCUUCAUAGAUAGUGGCCGUUUAAACCCCAAUGCACCCAUUACCAUGUAUCAUCUUUGGAGAUCAGGAGUUACUGGAGGAAGAAUAAAGGAUGGGGUUGUAUUGCUGGGAGGGGUAAGUAGUUCAGCUGCUCUACUUUUAUGAAAAUGAUGCAUUUUGAUUGUAGCAGGAUUAGUAGAAUUUUCUUUAGGUAAGUGAUGCCUUCCUCUUUCCUAUCUCAAGAAUCUAUUUCACUCUCCAAGAAUUAUAAUCGGUACAUUUUUGAUCAGAGUUUAAAGUGCAAUUAAGUGAGAGCUAGUUAGACAUUUGAAUGCUGUAAAGGAACUGCAAGGAAAUAAAAGUACUUUUUGACACACAACUUGUUUUUAUCUGGCAGGGUACAACUUGGUUCCAAGCUAAAGUUAAUAUCGAGGUUAGCAAAGCAUCAAAAACUGCUAUAAAAGCCAUUGAACGACAGGGUGGAAAAAUCACAUGUGCUUAUUACAACAAACUGGGCCUUCGUUUGUUACUUAAACCAGAAAAGUUUGAAGGGAAGAGGAUUCCAAGAAGAGCUCGUCCUAAUACAAAGUUAAUGGAAUAUUACACAAGUGUUGAGAACAGAGGAUACCUGGCAGAUCCUGAUGAACUUGAAAAGGCCAGGCAACUUACUUACAAACUUGAAAAUGAAGUGGAUUAAAGCAGAAUGUACUAACCGUACUUGUAGUGUUGUAUUAAUAAGGUCUGUAAGCAAGGUUUUACAAUAUCAAAUAAUGUGUGAACACUAGUUACAUGCAUGUAAAUAAUAAAUAGAGUUCUCUAACACUUAUCCCAUAUGGCCUGUUGGUGCUUUACAGUAAAAUUUGAUAUUGACUUCCCCACUCUGUCACUGUGUGGAAUUUUCAAAUACAGAUUCUGUGAGGCAUUAGCGUAAGUGUGAUAAGUACUUUUUGAUCGAGGGUUGUGAACCAAAACCAUAGUGAACAAAAUGUCUAAUUAGACCAAGAGCAAAUAUCACCAAUAAAUACCAAUGGGAUUUCAGAGUUAUUCACAUAACUAGCGGGAGGUAUGCAGGAAAACACAAGUGACCUAGUUUUAGUUUGUAUCUGAUUGGUUGAGAUUGUGGUGCAAGUACUCUAGAGCAAUCUUUGAGAAAAGUUGGGAAAAACCAAUGUACUCCUGUCAAUUACUUCGGACAUACACUUGAAAGUUUCUGUAAGAUCUGAUGAAAGAACACUACCUGGAUGUGUGCCAGUGUUGCUUGAAGCUUUUGUACUCCUUGUGAAUAAAGUGCCACAGGCUUUCCUUUCUUCUUUCCUUUGUUUCAUUUUUACUGCAUUUCUUUACUGGUCUCAUACUUUGCUUCAUCUAAGUGGCCUUAAUUUUUUCUCUUUCUUUAUUAUUAGGGAACAUGUAAGAGCAGGCAUGAGGCACAAGGCAAGGGUGAUCAAAUCUAAGCUGAUUGGCCAUGGGCAUCUCUCCUCCCCCCUUAUUUUCCUUGAAAAGAGAAGGAAUUCAAUGUAAUUUGAAUUUACAGCACCAUAUUUUUAGAAAACUCUCAGUGAGCGGGAGAUAAGGCCACAACGUGGAACCAGAAGUUUAUCACCAUGUUGUUUUUUUCUGGUUUUGAAACUGACCAAGCAACAAAUCUUAGAGUACAUGUACAUAUAUGAUCAUGAUGUCAUUUCAUUCCCUUUGGUUCACAACUUGAUGAUCAACAAGAUGAUGUGUUUAACUCUGUUUUUAAUUGUAUUCUACUGUCCUUCUAACUGAUAUUAAAUCAUACAAGAAAAUCAACAUUUUUGUUCUUCAUGGGUUUAAUUUGGUAGAAUACAUUUGUUGGUUAUGUCUGGACAUUUUACUUCUUAGAUCAUUACAAUCUUGAAUACUCUAAACUCUGUAACCUGUUCCAGGUUUUCACUUUGUAAACAGGGCAAGUGGGAACUACUCUCCAUUUUUUAUUCUGCACUGUUAUCAUGUUGUGUUUGCCACACAUCCUAUUUGUCACACCCUCCAUUAUCUUAAUUAAGGCAUGAAACAGGCUAUGAUCUCUGGAGCUUCUUUAUUUAACUAUUGUGCAUGCCAUAAUGUCACUUAUUAACCAACUGUACAAGGUAGAGUAAAGAAAACAUCAAAUAGAGCACAA